CGCAGCAAAGUGUGCCAGAUGUGUGACAUGGGAGAGGAUGAGACGGUGGAACAUGUGAUGCUGGAGUGUGUGAAGUAUGCCAGAGACAGGAAUGAGAUGAUGCAAGUGAUACUGACUGAGUUAGGGCAUGAUAGGAAUGAAAGAGUGGAGAAGACAGGAAAGGAAUGGAUGGUGUUGUUGCUGGGACUGUGUAGAGAGGCGAAUGAAAGGAUGAUUGAGGCGGUGAAAGUUUCUGGAGAGAAUGUGGCGUGCCAGGUGUAUGAUCAAUUAGGAUAGAGGAUGCUGUUCGUUUCUCUUUUUUUUUUUUUUUUUUCCCCUUCUACAGGAGUUGCCGAUCCAAAGGCCUGGCUCAGGAGUGAUCUUGUGCCACCUGUACCAUCAAGAUCAAGAUCACGAUAUACCAUCAAGAUCAAAAUCAAAAUAUUAUUUUGAUUAACUUCACACCAAUGGAAAAGUGACAUGAACUUCCGGGCGCCAAAAUACUUCCUACGCAUUGCUGGCCUGGGGGCGUUUGUGGGAGGUGUGGUGGUGUUCAAGGAAUUCACAGGUGGUGGGAAUUACAGUGGGGAUGAAAAUCUGGCUGGCAAGACAGUUAUAGUGACGGGUGCCAACACAGGGAUAGGGAAGGAGACAGCACUCAGCCUGGCCAAGCACAGGGCCAGAGUCAUCUUGGCUUGUAGGGACAUGGACAAAUGCCUAGAGGCAAGGAAAGACAUUGCACUGGAGAGCCGUAACAAGCACAUCUAUUGCGAGGAAUGUGAUCUGGCUUCACAGGAGUCUAUCAGGGACUUUGCUGACAGAAUUAAUCAAAAGGAGGCACGACUGGACUUGCUGAUUAACAAUGCUGGAGUCAUGAGGUGCAAGAAGUCCUACACAAAGGAAGGCAUUGAGCUGCAGCUUGGCACAAACCACAUGGGCCACUUCCUCCUCACUUGUCUUCUUCUUGAUAAACUAAAGGCAUCAGCGCCGAGUCGUGUGGUGAAUGUAUCAAGCGUUGCACAUGAGCGUGGGAAGAUCAACUUUGCAGAUCUCAACAGCACCAAGGAUUAUGACGAAGGAGAGGCUUAUGCACAGAGCAAGCUGGCCAACAUCCUAUUUACCCGGGAGCUUGCUGAGAGGUUGGCUGGAUCAGGAGUAACCUGCAAUGCUGUUCACCCUGGCUUGGUGUACACUGACAUUGGGCGACACAUGAGCAUUAACAAGAGCUGGUUGGCUAUGAUCAUACUUCAUCCAUUCUUGUGGCUCUUUCUCAAGACUCCUCGACAGGGUGCUCAGACCACCAUCCAUGCAGCCCUCAGCCCUGACCUGGCUGGGGUAUCUGGGAAGUACUUCAGCAACAUGAAAGAAACUACUGUGUCAGAUGCUGCCCAGGACAGAGAGACUGCCAGAAGGUUGUGGGCAAUCAGUGAGUGCUGGACUGGACUAUCUUAAGAUUUUUGAAUUGUUGAAGUAAUUGUGGAGUAGUGGUGGCAGUACAGGAUCACUCUGAGAUUGUAGAUAUGUACAUUUGCUGAAGCUGUAAGCACUGUUGAAUUGUAUUCUGGUUGUACAAUACUCUUGCUUCCUACUUUUUAAUGUUUUCCUUAAUCCCAAUUUUCUUUGGCUAAUUGGGCAAAUGAAUGAUGCUUGAAUGGUUUUAUUUCACAUAGAUUCUUGAUAAUAUACUCAGUAAGUUAUAAUCAGUGUGAUGAGCACAAAGGUAUGGGGUUGUAAGAAAACUUUAGACAGUUGUGGAGUGUAGGUAGGCUGUAGGUGUCUCCCAUUGAUAGAAAAUGUGAAAAAACAGACCUGGAUUGCCCUGGUAUUGGGAAUGAAAUAAGGACUGGCUAUCCAUUUCCAUCCAGUUCCUCCUCCUCUUAGCUGACAGUUUAAUUUCCAGAAUAUCUUUUAAUAGUGGGAUUUUCUAAGAUGGUGUACUCUUUCUGUAUUUGAGGUAAAGAUAAAAGUAGGUGAAAUGCUUAUGAGUUACAAGCACCUCUUCAUUCCAGCCUAGAGGAGAAAAAUAGAUGCUCAGAUUUUCUUUAGGUGGUAGUGAAGGGGACAGUAGCUCUUGUGUGGACCUGAAUGCCGUCAUUAAUAUGAUUGUUACGGUUUGCUCCAUAUUUAGGAAAUCUGGGAUUAGGGAUUGUUAAGGUUUAUGAGUUAUGACACAAGGCUUGGAAUGAAGAUAUAUAGUGUGUUGUGUUCAUUUUCCUCAGAGACCUUGUUCUCUCUGAUAGGUGGAAUAGAAAUAUGGUCUGACAUUUCAUAAGCAAUUUUUUUUUUUAAGGUUUUGUACAUCUCAGUACAUGAAGCAUUUCCCAGGUAAAAAUGCAGUGAUCAUUUGCCUUUAGCUGCCUUACAGUUGCUUUAUCACAAGUUUACAAAUAAAUCAUAAGGGAUCUAAUAAAGACUGAACAGAAAAACUAGAGGGUGUUAGGUUUAUUGAUCAUAGUGUCAAUUUUGAUCAUCAUAUCCCAUGUAACUACAUUUUUAGGAGUUGAACAAAAAGGAUAAUAAUGUGCUUAUUUCUGCAAAUAUAUGUUUAUUGUUAUAAUUCAUAAUCUCAGUGACUAUUGCAUACACUCAUGCAGAUACACCACUUGUAUUACAUAAACUUAUGGCAGGCCUUGACACUUGCAUCUUGAUUUCUUUAUUCUGUGCCACAAGGCACAAGACAGUUUGGUAGUUUGUGCUUGACAACUCGUGCCUCUUUUGACUCAUCAGAAAUUAGAGUAAUCAGGGCUAAAAAUGAAAGCUCAAGUACACACAAUGAAAAAACAAUUCAUUCAAAAAACACCAAGAGUGAAGAAAAGUCAUUAUCUGGAAUGAGACCCGAGACAUCUGCCAUUCUCAAGAUGUCUAAAUCUUCAUGAUGUUAUGAGUGUUAUGCAAUACAAUUUAAGUUUUCUAAUAUAAUUUCUUAAUUUAAAAGUGCUAAAACUUUUAAGUAUGUACGAUGUGCAUGUAUGUGUGACUUAUUCCAUUUUUUCCUAUCAGUCUUGAGCUGUGAGGAUACACCAUCAACUAACCAAGUGACCUCUAAAGUCAUCAACUAACCAAGUGACUUCUAAAGUCAGUAAAUGGUGACAUACAACAUAACAUUAUAACAACAAAACCAAAAUCUGCUAUAGUAAAUGGUGACAUACAACAUAACAUUAUAACAAAACCAAAAUCUGCUAUUCUAAUAAUUUAUACACAGAAAACAAAGAAUGCAGUAAGUUUAUAACAGUAAGAAAAAAUACUAUGGGAAACAAAGGCUUCUCAAAUAACUGUGUGUGCAUUAUGCAGAAAUGAGAAACAUGUGGAAUACACUGAAUUUUGUGGACUACUAGACAUACUUUGGUUUAUCCAUUACUUAAUACUGCUAAGUGAUAAUUCCACACAAAUGCUGACACUGCAUCAUCUUUUAAAGAAGAGCAUCAUGAAGUAAGGAUUAACUUCUUUUUCUGGUGUGUGUGUGUAUCCCUCUUGUGUGGGAACUGGGAUGGCAUAUAUUGAUGUACAGAUAGAUAGUAUAAGUUGGGUAUUAAUCACAUCUUGUAAUGCAGGCUAAUGAAGACACAUUUGCCAAACAGUAACAUAACAGGCUGUGCAAUGGGCAACUUUGCAUCGAGUUACAAAGUUAUCCUCUUACCCAUGUGACAUCCUAUUAUGCCUAUUUUAAAAUUUCCUGUAAUUUUACGUAGUAUGUCUUGCAGGCUGAAAAUACAGAAAUGCGAGAUAGAUUUGACAUUAUAUAUAUAUAUAUAUAUAUAUAUAUAUAUAUAUAUAUAUAUAUAUAUAUAUAUAUAUAUAUAUAUAUAUAUAUAUAUAUAAACUACUGAACUAUAAAAAACAAAACCAUAUUAUAAACACAAAUUCACCAUGACACAUCAGAGUAAGUGUACUGAGAAUUCCUGCAUCACCACAAUUUACCGCAUAACACAUAUCUGAACUUUCCAAUUAAACACAUGAUAUGCAAGUUCCACAAAUUCACUGCAGGUUGAACCAGUAAGCAUCAGCAAAUUAUUUCUGUGCAUACAAUAAUUCAAUAUAGCUCUUGUUUUUCUGGUCUCUGCUUUCAUUUGAUAAGACUUAAACCACUCUUGUGCAGUACAAUAUUGUAACUACAUAUUCUAUCCCACUCUAAUCAUUCUCAGCACAGUCAUGAAUGAAGAAGGGAUUUCUUAUUCCUUGACAUAGUUGUGCCAUUCCCUAAAUGUUCUAGCUGUCUCUCUUGGUGAUGUGAGAAUUCUCUAGACUACACAGGCAAAACAAUAUGGAAGGAUGAUGAGAGAGAGAGAGAGAGAGAGAGAGAGAGAGAGAGAGAGAGAGAGAGAGAGAGAGAGAGAGAGAGAGAGAGAGAGAGAGAGAGAGAGAGAGAGAA